UAUUCAAACACAGAUAAACAGCGAACUUGCUGUCGUAAAUCAACUUACUCCAUCAUUCAAACUUAUCUCUGCUGCACUUUCAGAGGAGAGAGAAAAAGAGAAAUUUCAGGUAGACAAAAAUGUCGUCUCUCAGUGUUCCUCCGAUGCAAGUUUCUCCUCGCGAUGACGUUAUACACCUUUACAAGGCCUUCAAAGGGUUUGGUUGUGACACUUCUGCGGUAAUCAAAAUUCUUGCUCAUCGCGAUGCUUCGCAGCGCACAUUUAUCCAACAUGAAUAUAAAGCUUUGUACUCUGAAGAUAUUCUCGACCGUUUGAAAAAGGAGUUGACUGGUAAAUUAGAGGAUGCAGUUUUGCUCUGGAUGAAAGAUCCAGCAACACGUGAUGCUGUUGCUCUGCGGCAGGCACUGCUUGGGACUGAUCUCAGAGGUGCCACUGAAGUUAUAUGUUCUCGUACACCUUCCCAGAUACAGACCUUCAAGCAGAUCUACCAUUCAAGGUUUGGGUCCUACCUUGAGCAUGAUCUGGAAAAUUAUACCUCUGGAGACCACAAGAAGCUUUUGCUAGCAUAUGUAAGAAUACAACGAUAUGAAGGUUUUGAAGUUGAUAGAAUGAUUGCUGAGAAUGAUGCAAAGACACUCUACAGAGCUGGGGAGAAGAAACUGGGUACUGAUGAGGACACCUUCAUUAAAAUUUUUAGCGAGAGAAGCAGGGCACACUUAGCCGUUGUAGAUUCAACCUACAAUAGCAUGUAUGGACACUCUCUUGAAAAGGCUAUAAAGAAGGAAACGUCAGGGUUGUUUGCAUAUGCUCUUUUGACAAUUGUAAGAUGUGCGGGAAACCCAGGAAUAUACUUUGCGAAGGUACUUCGAAAAGCAAUGAAGGGGUUGGGAACUGAUGACACAACACUUAUCCGGGUUAUUGUGACAAGGGUAGAGAUUGAUAUGCAGUACAUAAAAGCUGAGUACCAGAAGAAGUAUAAGAAGUCAUUGGUUGAUGCAGUUCACUCGGAAACAUCAGGAAAUUACAGGGACUUUCUUCUUGCUUUGCUAGGUCCCAAGCAUUGAGGCUACAUGUGUGUGCAUGGUUCUGCUUGUUUGUUCUUUGUUUUUGGACAUUUAUGUAGUACUAUAGUUGGCAUUGAUUAUUGAACGUAUGUGUGCAGUUAGACUUCAGUGUGUUGUAUUAUAUUUUUAAGUCGAUUGUGUGAAUGAGCAUAUGUAACUUGUAAGCAUUGCUUUGUGUAAGUCGAUUGUGUAAGUAUUGUGAAUUUAUUUGCAAAACAGUCUAUGUCACAAUGGAAUUAUUAAAAUUGUCAAA